AUGUGCGGAGGGUUUACCUGCUCGAAAAACGCCCUCAUCACCCUCAACAUCCUCUACAUCGUAGUCGCUUCGGUGUUGAUUGGGGUAGCCGUGUACGGACGAGCAGCCACCAUAGUAACCAAUCUCCCCAUAGUCGGGGGCAUAUUGGCAUGCGGAAUAAUACUACUAUUAAUAUCCCUUUUGGGUCUAAUGGGCGCCGUCAAGCACCACCAGGUCAUGUUGUUUUUCUACAUGGUGAUUUUGUUCCUGUUGUUUCUCAUACAAUUCUCGGUGGCCUGCGCCUGCUUGGGCGUCAACAGCGAACAGCAAACCCAAUUGGCCGAAGAGGGUUGGAAACAAGUGGAUAACGCGACGCAGGCGCGCGUGCAGAACGCCUUCAAUUGUUGCGGGUUUAAUGCCGAAGUGGAUUUGCAUUUUCCGCCCCCUGAUUAUACGGAAAUUAAGGAUCGCGUUUGUCCCAGUCCCACUGCGAUCGAUUGUCAAUGUUCAAAUUGCAACGAUAAACUCCAAAAGACUAUCAAUUACGCUUUCAAGCUGUGCGGUUGGAUCGGAUUGUUUUUUAGUUUUUCUGAAAUAGUAGGUUUGUUUCUGAGCAAACGCUACCGCAACUUGCACGAUCCGGAUGAUCUGAGAGCCACUGCUGUUUUUCCACGACACAAUUUCACCUAUUAA